GCAGGCAGUUAACAAUGGCUUGUGUAUUCCAGUCAGUGAGUUUUGAUAAAUGCCAAUGUGGGCAGAGAUCACACAGCAGCAUACUCUACAGCAUUCUCAACAAAGAUCAUCCCAGCGAAUCAAGCUGGUGCCACUAUCGACAUCACCAUCACUCCUCAGCUCCUGGAUGCUCCUGUGAGUUUAGAAGGAAAGUUGUUCUCAAAAUGCCUGAACUCACUUGCAGACGAGCCUCACAGGUGCUCCUAAAGACUUUGACUUUCAUUAAGAACUUGCCCUCUUUUUGUCAACUACCUGAAGGUGAUCAGGUCCUGCUGGUGCAGAAUUGUUGGGCUCCGCUCUUUGUCUUGGGGUUGGCCCAGGAAAGAGUUGACUUUGAAGUGACUGAGGCUGUGGCACCCAGCUUGCUGAGAAAGAUUCUCUUGAAUCAGAAAGUGAUGGAUGGGCAGAACUCGGAGACAGCCUUGAAUGCCACUUCUCUGGUAGAAGUUCAAAAAGUGAAGAUAUUUCUUAUGAAGCUCUGGAACAUGGAUGUCAGCAACAAAGAAUAUGCAUAUCUCAAAGGCAUUACACUUUUCAACCCAGACGUUCCUAGCCUAAGGAUGCCUCAGUAUAUCCUGGCUCUGCAGCAGGAAGCUCAGCACACCCUGAAUGAAUUCAUCACAAUGGUGAACAAUGGAGAUCAGGCGAGAUUUGCUCAAAUUCUACUGAUUCUCUCCACUCUUAGAAUGGUCAGCGUUACUUCUGUAACAGAACUUUUUUUCAGACCAGUCCUGGGCAAAGUGAACAUGAAUGAAUUACUCUUAGAGAUGCUCUGUGCAAAACUGAAUUGAAUUGUAAGAAUGUUAUCUGACACACUUGAAUCUUUUCAAUACUUUUGUAACUUGUGAAUGUAUUUUUUGUGUGUAUGUAGCAAAUCUGUAGCAGCUACCUGUGCAAUAUGUAUAGUAACUGUCUUUGGUGUAUGUACAUAGAGGCAUGUCAUUAACAAGUGCUUAUUUAUGUAUUUUGUUUAAUAAAACUGGAGUUGCGAAUCAACCUACAUUAAAUCCUAUUUAUUUUCUCAA